AUGGCGGCUGACACUGGUUCCCCAUCUCUCCUCACCCUACUGGAUCUUGACGUGCAGCAUUCGACCCUGUCGACCAAUGGACAUCUCCUUCGCACCCUCAAACACACCAUCAGACUCUCUGCUCGCCUGAGCUGGCUCCAAGGUCUACCUGGUCUGGAAAACAGAGACGUCAGUGAAUUUUCCCACAAACUGCUGGACUGGCUGGAGGACGCGUUUCAGCUCGCUGCCAAAGAUAAAGUUGAAGACAAACAGAAGAACCCAAUGGUCCAGCUUUUCUACGGUACCUUUGUGACAGAAAGAAGACACGAAGGUAAGACGUUGUGUAACAUCGAGCAGUUUGGACAGUACCCUCUGCAGGUGAACGGCUUCAACAACCUGGACGAGUGUCUGGAGGGAGCGAUGGUGGAGAGAGAGAUCGAGUCUCUGCACGCAGAUCACAGCGUCACGCCUGGACGAGAGAGAUGGUUCAAAAAGUUACCCCCAGUCUUGACAUUCGAGCUGUCGAGAUUUGAGUUCAACACUCAGCUCGGUCGCCCCGAAAAGAUCCACAAGAAACUGGAGUUCCCUCAAAUCAUUUAUAUGGACAGAUAUCUUCACAAAAACAUAAACCAGACCCACGAGAGGAGAGGAGACGUGAAAAAACUGAAGGAUCAACUCGCAGCCCUGCAACAGAAACUUGAGUGCUAUAAGAACUACGGCUCUGGACCCUCGAAGUAUCCUCUGGCCGACAUGUUGCAGUUUGUUCUGGAGUUCGCCACCACCAAACCCUCUAGUGUUUCCCCCGCUGAAGACCUGAGAGCUGCUUCUCCUGCGAGCCCCCUCCCCAAUGAACCCCUCCCCAAAGACAACAGUGAACCCACAGACGCAGAUUCAUCAGAGGAUCCUGUUGCCGGUGUUUCCAGUUGUCAGCGGACCCCGAUCUAUAAACCCUUCACCCAAUGCAGACUCCCCAUAGACUGCCCCCCCCACCCGGCCCCCCACAGCGUCUCUGAGGAGGAGCUGCACUUUGUGAAGAGCUGCCUGCAGCGCUGGAGGACAGAAGUAGAGAACGACAUCAACGAUCGUGCAGAGAGUGGUCACUUUUGA